AUGGGUUCGCAGCUACCACCCCGGUUUGACGUUAAGAAGGUGGCCAUCGUGGGGGCUGGCCCCUGCGCGCUUGCGGCGGCGAAGUACCUGCUUGCCCAAAACGCGUUUGAGAAAAUUGAUGUGUUUGAGCAGCAAGCCGAGGUAGGCGGAGUCUGGAACUACAGCCCACAACCUUCAAACAAGGUGCGUGUGCCGCAGUUGAGGGCCGAUGGCCCGUCAGACCCCCCGCUGCCUUUUGACGGGGAGGAUGGAGAGAAGCCCAUCUUUCCGUCGCCGAUGUACGACGUGUUGCACACCAAUAUCCCGCGGGCGCUCAUGGAAUUCUCGGAUCUCCCAUUACGAAGGGAUACGCUGAUUUUCCCCUCCCGCGAGCACAUCCAAGAGUACAUAGUGGAAUACGCAAAGGAUAUCCGACAUCUCAUCCAGUUCUCGACCCAGGUGGAGGAUAUCCGUCUGAGAGUUGUGGAUGGAAAGGAUCACUGGGACGUGGACACGGUGAACCUCGUAACGGGGACCACGACAAGUGCCACAUACGACGCCGUCGUAGUGGUGUCGGGCCACUACACGGCGGUUUACAUUCCAGACACGAAAGGCGUUCGCGAAUUUCACAAAGCGCACCCCAACAUUAUCCGCCAUUCCAAACAUUACCGCACGCCGGAGCAGUACCUUGGGCAAAAGGUCAUCGUCGUGGGCAACGCCGCUUCGGGCAUCGAUAUUGCAGCACAAAUCAGCCGCGCCUGCAAAACUCCACCAUUACUCUCAGUGCGGUCGCCCACCUCCCCAGCGCAGCUAGAGUAUUCUGGGGCGGAAGAGGUGCCAGUCAUCGAAGAAUUUCUGCCCGAGGAGCGAGCCGUGCGGUUCCAAGGCGGCCGCGUCGAGAAGGACAUCGACGCCAUCAUCUACGCAACAGGUUAUCUGUUCUCCUUUCCCUUCCUCCGCUCUCUCUACAAGGACACCCCAUCGAACCAACCGUUGGCGACCAACGGCCGCAAAGUGCACGGCUUGUACCAGCACAUGUUCCACAUCGAGCACCCGACCCUCGUGUUUACGCGACUCCCAGUCAAGGUGGUGCCUUUCCCCAUCGCCGAGAGUCAGGCGGCUGUGUUUGCGCGCACAUGGGCGAACGUGCUGCCGCUGCCGUCGACGGCGGAAAUGUGGCGAUGGGAAGCGGAGGAGACGGAGCGGCGCGGGUCUUCUAAAUACCACGUGUGGCCCGAGGGCGGCGACGCCGAGUACAUCAAUUCGGUGUACGAUUGGCUAGCGCGGUCAAACACGCCCGGGAAGACGCCGCCGUUUUGGAGCCCAGAGGUUGUCUGGCAGCGACAGAUCUAUGCCAAGGCGAAAUUGCAGUUUGAGUUGGACGGGCGCCGAGCGAGGAGUUUGGAGGAGUUGGGAUUUGAAUAUUCGCCAGAGCAGGAAGAGUGGCACGAGAGUCAAGCGUGA